AUGUUACUUAGCCUGGCCCCAGGUCUGUGCUGUCUUGUCAACUCCUCUGGUCAUUGUCAAGCCAAACACAAUGGAGAUGGAGUGCAUGUGUCGAAUAAGGCUAAAGGAACAGAAGAGGAGAAUACAGAGGAACAGAGGAAGGUGAUGAGGARGCAGGAUAUCAGAUAUGUGGAGAUGAAGAGAGUGGCUGAGGGCAAGAACAUUGAGAGGUUGAAAUCGGAACUCCAUCUCCUGGACGCUGACGUAGCAGACUUUGACUUGGCCAGCCACCUGGAUACAGCUCCUGAGCUGGUGGACAGAGUGUACAACCGGCCCACCCUCCAUACGCUGGAGAGCAACACCAUCCAGGGUGCCGUGGAGCCUCUCAGUAUAAAGAAGUUGGCCAGACAGAGGAAGCACCAGUAUAAGAUCUUGUCCCAGCGGAUUGACCGGGAGAAGAAGAUGUUUGUCAUUGGCCAGAAGAUCCAGACCCGCAAAGACCUACACGAUAAGAACGUGAAGGUGAGCAAAGAGACGGUCAAUGCCUCUGCCGUCUACAAGUUUGAAGCUAAGAGGAAGCGAUGAGAAACCUCUUUGAACAGGAAACGCAUCAUCAACCAGACAUUUCUGUGGCCUGUUAUACAAUCACCAUUCGGUCUCCAUCGGACAGUGGUCCCGUGUGGCUCAGUUGGUAGAGCAUGGCGCUUGCAACGCCAGGGUUGUGGGUUCAUUCCCCACGG